AUGUCUGCUCCGACAAGACAGUUUCACAGACUGUCAAUCAGUCACGACAUGCCUGAGACUCGGUCCACCACUCGCACAGGGCGGCCGGACCCUUCCGAUGAAAGCGAGCGCGAGGACAGCUCUGUUGAGGAGAGCGAGGUCGAGAGCGAAGAGGAAGAAAGCAGUGAUGAUGAAGCUAGUGGCAAGACCAUCCUCGCGCGCUCGGGAAUCACCUAUGACAUGAAGAAUCUAGAUGACGAAACGGGAGCUAAUGCCUCCGUGGGCUUGAGAUCACAGUACGAGGUCGUCAACUGCCGGGCUUCGGACUCUGGCUAUGAUUUUCAAUUACUGGAUCGACCGCAGGUCCAUGUUGGACCUGAUUCAACUACUUGCACCUGCUCUACUUUCCAAUCGCGGCCACAGGCUGCGUGUCAGCACAUCUUCUGGGUUCUUGACCAGCUUCAUGCCUAUUUCCAUCCUACACCCUCGACAGCUCGUGCAACCCUCUCCAGCGACGGUCGCCCUCAAGUGCGUCCUCGCGCCGAGGAACUUCUCAAUAGCGUCCGAUUGGAAAUAGUAGCAGACCGUCUACAGUGGCAAUGUCUCCGAGAUGAAGGUAACGGCCAUUAUCACGGAAUGACCCGAGCAGAAAAAAUCCGGGACGUGCUCAGCGCAUUCAACACGAAAAUCCUGCCGGAAGACUUCCGCCAAGAUCUGCAGGAAAAAGAACCCACGACAAAAUACACUGCAGAAUCUUGUGUCGUGCAAGGCGAUCUCGAGGCUACCAUCUUCCGACUAGCUGUGCACGACGACAGCGUCUUCAGCAGUAUAUGCAAGGCAAUGCCCUCCGGCGCGUGUGCGGCCAUCUACUUCCAAAAACUCCAGGAUCAGAUCCGCAGGCUCCUGUCUGAUUUUGAUCGGUAUUGUGCGACGGGUGAACGACCCGCAGACUCCAGUAGUACUGAAGGUGGAGUGGAGGUCGGGGAGGUAGUCCACCAACUUCGUCGCGCGGUUUCGCGUAUUCGAUCCAACAUUGCUAUUCGUUCGCCUCAUGGCUCGGAUGGUGCCGCCGAUGCCCUCGUCCUGAUUCUCGAAAACAUCGCGGCUCGCAAUAAGGAUUGUCUCGAUGGAAACAACUGGGGCCGCACAUCUUUCCACGGCGAGGAUGAGGAUCAGCGCAAUCUGCACCAUUUGCUAAUUGGUUCCGACGAUGUGGAACUGAAGGCAGAUGAUGAGCUAUUUUUGAUUAGCGCGCUUGAAGAUUUGAACUUGUCUUCUUUGGGAUCGAAGAUCGACGCGCUUCGCAAUUCCCUCAGUAAAUUGGAGGUGAAUCGCGCGCCAAAGGCCUAUCUUGUUCGACUGGGAGCAUUGGUCCGCUUGAUUGAGUCUGGCGGUACAUUGGGUUCAGGCCAGAAGCGACCUGCCGCUGGGAAUUCAGGAAGUCUUCCCAAACGAAGUCGAUGA